AUGGCAGAUGUUCCGCCUACACUCACCCUAGAACUUCCCAAGAAAAGUGAUCUUUCUAACACAUUUAAACCUUGGAAUGAAGUCCGUCUUCCAAUUGACAUUCUUUUGUUGACAGUAAAGGACUGUGAGUUCCUAGCCUGUUAUACAUACUUAAGAAAUUCCUUUAAAAGCUACCACGUGAACCUUGGAUAUGUGUACUUUGGGAACAUGGGUAAAAGCGGAGAUGUGCCUCUAAAAGUUGCUUUGAUGACAUGUUCUGAAGGCUCUUCUGCUCCACAUGGCUCACUGAUCACUGUUAAGAAUGUUGUGGUGGAACUGAGACCCAAAGCUGUUUUCUAUGUUGGCUGCUGUGGUGGGUUGAACCCAGAAGUCACCAAGUUACAGCUAGGUGAUGUGGUGGUAUCUUCUAAGCUUACAACUGAAUCAUUCAAAACCCCGGUGGGAAGAGAUAUCUUGCACCUUGUCAGGCAUGCAGAUCAUGGCUGGAUUCCUCCAUUAAAACGUCCAGAAGAUCAUAAAGUUCAGGUCUGCUGUGAUGGGGAGAUUUUAAGUGGCAUAAACCCAGUCAGUGCUAAACAGCAAAACUUGUCUCAUAUUACUCAAGCUACUGCAUUUGCACUUGGUGGUGAAGGUAAGAUAUUUAUUCCCUGUUAAAUGACAUCUUUUCUCUCUUGUUAUGUUUUCGUACAAGAGGCAUGGUGGCCCGUGGUGAACAUCUCAAUCUUCAGAUCUAGAGAUCCAGGUUAAGGCCUUGCUUUACUUUGUUCUGUUUCCUUAGACAAGAAACUUUGAUUCAUGUCCCUCUCCAUCCAGGUGUGUAAAUGGGUGCUGGUUAUAAUCCUUUGUGAUCCUGUUUUCAAUCUGAUCUUUUAAGAUCUAUUCUGUUUCGACAAUCACGUUUACGUUUAUUAACUUCCUGCAUUUUCUAUACUAAAUUAUGCAUAAAAAACUGAUUGGAGGACAGCAGUUUAAAUGAUGUUUUCCUUUGGAUAAAAUACAAAAGGAUAGUUUAAUUCUAUUAACAUCCUUAUGCAUGAGCUGGUUUUUUAUUUGUUUGUUUUGUUUUUUGGUAUUUAAAUAUGCUGAUUUAUAUGUGCUUUUUAAAAUCACUCAGUGUUACCAUUUUCUGCCGACCCAUUUGCACAGUAAAUAGUGUUGUUUAUGUUGUCACAUCUUCAUUAUUCAACCCUGGCUGUGAUGCUCACUGGUGGAUCUGUUUGCAUCUUGAAUUAUUAAUUAUUUGUUGUUUUUUUCCAGGCCUUUUUGCUGCAGCACAUGAUCUUAAGAUUGAAUGGGUGAUCGUAAAAGGUAUUUCUCACUUUGCCAAUAGUAACAACCCUGCAGAAAAUUCUUGGAAGAGUCAUGCAUGCAUAAUGGCAGCUUCUCUUGUGUCCAACAUGUUCAAGGAUCCAUUUGUGUUCGAACAAUGGCCUCAUUAUGAAGGUAGGUGUCAUGCUCCUUUAUUAAACCAUGUGAUAAUUAAAUCCUUGCCUUUGUACAGAAGGAUUAAGUCAGUGUUUUUGGUUAAGUACUGAGGUUGAUUUAAAAUACUCACUUUCAAACCUCAUUAAUUAAUCUCUGAUAAUAGAAAAAGGAUGGGGUUCAACAUUUUUUUGGUCAACUCACAACUAUUGGAAACUGUAAAAUAAGUAAAAAAAAUUAUGAGGAAAAGGUUACAAAGAAAUUGGUCAGGUGGACACGAGGGAGAUGUUUCCUGAUAAAAUUGACCGGCUACUCAUCAUACUAUUUUAGGCAGUAAGAUUUGUGGGUUGGUACUCUGCAAGUGCAUACUUAGGGACCUAAAGUCUAAAAUGACCCUUCUUUAAUUAGAGCGUAAGUUAUAUCUGUUAGGAGCCUGUAAGGUUGGGUGGGAAUUGUUUUUUUACUCAAGUGAUUUUUAGUGCCUGUUAGGCAUUAAAAUGAAUUUCUUCCUUGCCACAAAGUUAGAUUCUGUUACUUUCUAGUGAUACUUUUGGAUUUUUUUUUUUACAAAACCCUGUUUUUUGUGUUAUUUUGUUUUUUUGUUAAUUUUAAUUUUAUAGAGGGGGGUAUCUCCUUUUGGUACCUUCCAGGGGUUAAAGUGAAUUUCCAACAUGCCCGCAAAGCAAGAUUCUGUACCCUCCAGGGAUGCUUUUUGUUUUUAUUAUUAUUAUUAUUAUUUUUUUUUUUUUGAAAAGCACCCCUAUUAUCUUUAAUUUUUUAUUUUUUGUAAAGCAGUUCUGCUAUUUUUAAAGGGAACUAUCUCCUCCUCCUUUUGGUACCUCUUAUAGAGCUUAAGAGAAGAGACUGGUUAAAAUUUGGGGGAAAUAGUGUUGAUUUGGGAAGGAAAUAUAUGAGGGUAGAAUAGGUAUACACAUAAACCAGUUAGUCUGCUAAUGGGAUCAGAGGCAUCUUGUUGUUGUGGUGGACUAUCUGGUAAUUGUCUACCAAUAUUAUUUACUUCAUAUUUUAAUUUUUAACAACCCCCAAUUCCAAUAUUUUCCCAUUUUUUCAAAAUUUUAAACAUCUCUCCCUCCCCCCUAAUUUUUAUACAUUAAAAACAUUCGAAAAAUCAUCCGAAAAUUCUUAAAUAAUUAAUGACUGCAUCUUAAUUGAGUCAUUUUUGAAUUGAAGGAAAUCUUGGCUAGAUAUUUAAGAAAAUGAGUGUAAAUCAAUGAAAAAUAAUGCUUUUAACCAGACUCCCCCCUUGAAAUGAAUUUCUUCCAUGUCUACAAAGCAGGAUUUUUGUACCUUUUAGGGAUACUUUUGAAUUUUUUAUUUGACUAGCACCACAGUUUUUUAAUAGAGUAGUAUCUCCUCCUCCCUCCCCCCACGCCCUGAGAACACUAGUAACCAACUUAACAGGCCUGUCACUACGGGCUGAGAGGCAUAGAUUCUGACUGGCUACCCCUGGUUACUUUCAUAGGAAUUAAAGGAAAAUAGGGACAAAAGAAUUUCCAGGAUGUUCUAUUCCCCCGCUCCGCAACUUGAAACCAUAGUGACAGCCCUGAAUGCUAAGCAGUAAGCUCUCAGCACUGCUGGCUUUAUUUUCUGGUUUUAGAUCAUCCUAGAACUCUACCCUCUGAUUGGUUGAUAGCUAUGAUUUUGAAAGGUCCAGUAAAUAUUUGGGGGGCUUAUUUCCUGUUUUGAAAAUGUUUUUGAACUGCAACUGCUUACUAGAUGCCUUUCAGAGUCAACUCAAUGUGCAGGAGAAAUCUUGUGUAACCAAGUUUAAAAGAUACAUUUAUUGUCUAAAACUGUGCACACUGCAACCAGGCAUCCUUUAGCAAAUUAAAAUGUCAGUAUCACCCACAAUUAAGUAAAAGCUAAGAUGUAAGCAUCCAGUCCCAAGACAAGCUGCUCAGUGCUUUUUGUUGUUGAAACUUUAUUAUUCAGACCUAGAACCUAAGAUGUGGGUAGCAAAAAACUGACAGAUUGAUAAACAUUUUCCCCAAAUUCUUUUGAAUAACUGUUGUUUGAAAUGUCUCACUUCAAUUUCUAUGCUAUUUUGUUUACUCACAGACCCGUCAGCAAGGAAACAGCCGUCUAGCUCUAUCGCCAAUAAGGAGGAGUUACCAGGUACUAUUAUAUCCAAUGAAGCAGAAAUGGUACCAGACAUACAGUAGAUUAAACACGCUUAUUUUAAUAAGAAAAUGACUUUUAUCGUUUGUUAUAUUGCAAUACAAAAUGAUCUUUAUUGUAGCAGUUGUUUAUUUUUAUUUAAAAAAUAAGUGGCAAAGAAGAAGUAUGAUGUGAUACUUCAAGCGUCAAAUUCUUUCUUUCAUUCAAUCUUUCUGUUAGAGUUUUGCUAAGGUAUUUUUAACCUGCGUUAAUCCUCGAGGUCAGUUAUACAAAAUAAGAAUUAUUUUUUAGCACUCAACCACAAAAACGUCACUAACAGCUUUGGAGAGGUACCCCUCUAUGGGCGUGUCCUCUUUGAAGCUCUGUGCGUGGGGCAAUGUUCCUUUUCAUAUUCCUUCUACGUUUGACCAUAGUAUAUAUAUUUCUUCAUUGAUCUCUUUAUAUUCUGGUGUUUUAAAGCCCUCAUAUCAACGUGCACUGUUACUCACUUCUCUGUUUGAUAUCACUGAAGGCUUAUAUUUUGUGCCGGUCAACUACCUCCCUUUAACUUUCUUCACCUAUUAAGAUAUCAAGUUAUUAACGAACAAUUCUUGAAAAAAAGGAACGUAAAAUUUUCUUUAACAGAUUCUCUCUCCCUCGAGGAGUACCAGAAACAGCUGCGAUCAAUUUAUGAAACCAACAGCAAAGUCAAAAUCGUUCCGUGGGACGAAAGCUCUGCCGUUCAUAUCGAUGAAAUUUACACUCAGUUGUCUUGGCUUAUGGAUGAGAAGAAGCCCAGCGGAGUAACACAGAAGAAACUCGAACAAUACACCGACGUUUUUGACGGCGGAAGACUUCAUCAUACGCCCAAGCGCAUUUUGGUUCAUGGACGACCAGGUAUCGGCAAGACCGUGUUUACUCAGAAAGCUACAUUCGACUGGUCCCAGCACAGAUUUAAAGGAAAGUUAGGAAGAUUUGAUCUCGUACUUUUGGUCAAAUUACGCGAUGUUUGUAACCUCAACGAUCUCCCCGCCAUUCUGAGCCAUGCUAAUCUUCUCGCGAGUGAUGGCCGAGUUUCCACUGACAACCUGUGCGACUACGUUCUUCGCCACCAAGGAAAAGUGUUGCUUAUUUUGGACGGCUACGAUGAAUACGUACACAGCGCAGCAAGCCAAUCACCUGUUCUUGAGAUCUGGCAGAAAAAGCAGUUGAGGGAUUGUUGUGUUAUUAUAACGUCUAGAGACAUGAAAGGAGAGGAAUUGAAAAGUUCCAGCGAUGCUCAAUUUGAGAUCGACGGUUUCGACCGUGAGCGACAAGAAGAGUUCGCCCGUAGAUUCUUGAAAGAUGAUCAAGAUAUUAAAGAGUUUUUCAGGUACUUAAAACAACAAAGUCUGGAGGGUGUAGCAAAAAUACCAAUUAUACUUUUAAUGCUGUCUUUAGUUUGGAAGGGAAAGGAUCGUGAAGGACUACCUUCAUCACGGGUGAUGUUGUACUUUCAGUUUCUACAGACUAUGUUUAAUCAUAUGUCUGAAAAACAAAAAAAGCCGGCGGAAAAAGUUGACGAUCACAAAGAAGAACUCUGUAAAGUAGGAGAACUAGCCUUUGACGCACUUCUUCAAGAUUUACUUUAUUUUCCUCUCAGUAAACUGCCGGAUCACGUUUUGACUGAGAAACUCAUCGAGGCCGGGUUGUUUCAGCUGCUAAACAUGUCCGCUAUUAACCCGUGCAAAGCCGUGCACUUCAUUCACAAAUCCAUGCAGGAGUUUUUGGCUUCUUUAUUUCUGAAAGAAGAACUGUUAUCUCAAGAAAGUAAGAACAAUUCCCUUUUCAAAGUCGACUCAAUUGAAAAGAUCUUCAAGUUGAAUGAAGUUUUUAAAUUUGCUGCUGAAAUGUCCGAAGAAGCCGCGCGCGAGAUCUUGAUUCAUCUGUUGGGGAUGGCGGCGAAGGAAGACGGAGAGUACAGCUUCGACAGCGAAGGACCGUCAGUCGAAGAUUUGUCUUAUGAAAAAAGAAAUUUUCUAACUCUAUGUACACAGUUAUUCUUCUACUGCUCAGCAGACACGAGAACAGAACUUUUCCCCACUUUUCUAUCUAAUCUAGGAGGUGUUUUCAUUUUUAAUCCUGAGCAGCUGAAUAUUGCAGCAAAGGAAAAUUUUGUUAAAACUACCGCUUCACUUAUGUACAUAUUUUUCUCUGAAAGCAACCAGUAUACAGAGCAAAGUUAUAAUAAUUUAAUUAAUUUAACACAGCAAUUAAACGCUGUUAUAGUUAGUAGAACAGGAGAACAAAAAGCAUCAGAAUUUUUGAAUGUAUUCCCAUGGCGUAGAGUAAACGAGUUUUUUUUAAUGAAAGAAGAAAACGACACUCACCUUUAUUUUCAUAAAAUCGUAAAAACUACUGUCAUUCCUCUUCCUUUUAAAAUGGUAAAGACGUUAGUUAGUUUAGAAGAGACAACAAAGAAGACAACCAUGAAUGGUGAUGAGUCAAGUGAAGAGAGCCGCAGGAGCUGUUGUUCAAAGCGUCAUGGUCUCUCCAGGGUUCGGAGGAUUGAUGCCCGGUAUGUGAACAGUUCAGAAGUGGAACAGCUGAGUGAGAUGAUGCCGUUUAUCACCGCUCCACACGUGAUAUCGGUUGUGGGUCAACUAUACGGUGAAGUGUACGAUGCUGAGGUAACAGAGUCUCUGCUGAGAAGCAUCCCAACAACACAGACACUGGAGGAAUUAACACUCCGUGGUAUCAAUGUAACAUCAUCACCUGCUGUGGAGUUCAUCAACAGAGUAUUUAAACAAGAUCUUCCAAACUUGGAGGUGCUCAACAUGUCAUUCAAUCCUCUUCUGGGUGCGGGAGUAGACAGCUUAAUUAAACAUUUCAGCUGCGCUCCUCACCUGGAGGAACUGUGGCUGUUAGAUGUGAAGAUGACUCCACAGCAGGUGAUGAAUCUCACAUCAGCUGUACAGCAGCACGGCAGCAUUACUAUACUGGAGAUAUCCUACCACGUAAGUUUUCCAGUUUCAUCGCAAUUUGUUUCUUUAUUCUUUGUUUACAGUUUAUUUCUACUCAGCUCUUGCCUUUCACCAUUUUCCUUUCUUUGUCAUUUUUAUACUCGACAAAACACGAGGUUUGCUUUUGAAAACAAAUCACAUACUUAAGCGGAUUCAACGUAUCAUUUCAAAUUCAUUUCUUUCAACUGAUUAAACGAACUCCAUAAAAUGUUUUAACUGAGAACCUUAAGAACAAGUAGCUUCAGCUGAUAUUAAAACAUGGAGUUGAACUCAACAAGAGAAAUUUCGUAUCUUCAAGCAGCCAUAAGGUGAUAUUAUCGGGUGAAAACAAGAACUUCAAGGGAAACAAAAGCACAUAAUUUCCACAGUAUUAGUUUCUGAAUCAAUUUUAAUUCAUACCUUUUCAUAAAGUAACAAGCAACAAUCAUAAAAGCAAAUCAAAGAUGUUCAGUUCAUAUUCAGCUGAAACAAAUAAGCUUAGUUUGACAGCUGUAGAAGGCCUAAGUGUAAUAAACGACCCUAAAUGUAAUAACAUUUUGUCCUAAAUGUAAUAAGGUCCUAAAUGUAAUAACAAUUUCCCCUAAAUGUAAUAAACUCUUAAGAUGCCAAUUACAGUAAUUACUCGAAUAAGCGCCUCCCUCAGAUAAGCGCCGCAUGGGGGAGUUAAUUAGCGCCUCGGCGCUUAUUCGUGUAAAUACGGUACUAAGCGGUAUUACUUUACCCAUUUUCUCGUCGGAUGAAACUUGGAAAAUCUUUACAAACAUGCCGUGCCAAUUUUUUUCGCAUAAGCUGACAUUUAAGCGAGAAAAACCCUUUUUUGGAAAGCAUCUUUAUUGCAAAACAAGAACUGAUAACACGUACAUUAAGCUUCGUGUACAAGACUUCGCGACUAGUAAGAAUUUCUCUUUUAAUCAGCAACCUAAACAAAGAGUUUUUCUUUUUUCUCGGGAAAGUUAUUUUAUAAAAGCAAUAGAAAACUUUUUUCCUGUGUUUUCAUAGCCUGAUAUGAACACUCGAGGGGUUGGGAGAAUUCUUGACAGUUUAAUAUGCAAACCCGAGACGAGGUCGAGGGUUUGCAUAACUGGAUUAUAACAUAACAAAAGUAAAUCGCGCGCUCUGAUUGGUCAGUUAGCCACUACCAUUUGCCCGUGGGUUCACGCCAAGAAACUGAGCUAGCGCGGUAAAAUUUGGGCAAAUUCAACAUAUCUCCUCUCCUGACGGUAAAAUACACCGACGAAAUGCACAGAUAAAAAGUGGAAGUUGAAGAAAAUACUAAGCUGUCGUUUUGAAGGAAAAAAGACAAAAGAUCAAGCAACAAAUUUGCCCUGGAUGAAUUAAUCACUGUUUUCCUCGCGGCUAGAAUCGGCUGAAGGAAAAUCGAGCGAGCAAAGAUUUAAGGUACAUUUUGUGUGUUUUUUUAUAGAAGAGAAAGUCUGUUUGAAAUGUAAAUUUAUCAAUUAGCAUUGUGUUAUUGACUUUUUGGUCAAGCUGAUGCCAAAUUCAAGCAAAUAUUUUAGGAAACACAAGGAAAUGUACCGAAUUUACGCGAAUUAGCGCCGCGGCGCAUACUAACUUUUUUCUACAAAAAUGCGGCGCUUAUUUGAGAGCGGUGCUUAAUACCAUAGUUAUACCGCUUAGUACCGUAUUUACACGAAUAAGCGCCGCGGCGCUAAUUAACCUCAUGCGGCGCUUAUUCGAGUAAUUACUGUAAUCGGCAUCUUAAGAGUUUAUUACAUUUUGGGCAAAUUAGACUAGUAGCGAAAAGCGCCGGCUUUUUGGCGGCGAAAAAGGAUUAAAGUCUAGCUUUAACUAGCUAAAAUUUUUUUAUUCUUGAUAUUUUUUACCAACUAGUUGGAUUGUAUGACCUGUGAGCCAAUAGCCCAUUCGGGCUCGAGGAAUAAUUGUUAAAUAUUCUCGUUUCAUUUGGCUGAACGGAUCAAUCACCCUGAUUCGGGCUGAGACAGAAAGGUACGAUAUUGUUCGCUUUUCUAAGGUGACCACCAAGUCUUUGGACUCGGGAACAGGCUCUUAGGAGUCAAACGAAUUAGGUGAGAGCAAAAUUGCAGGUGAACUUUGACCUGGGCCAAGACGUAGUUUUUAGCUUAGCUGAUGGGCCGCUUGCACUAAGAGGACACGUGACCAAUUCUUCCUUUAAACAAUGAGUUGGAAUCUUGCUGAUACCAAAAAUUGACAGCGCGCAUAAAAAUUAUCUUACAACCGAAAUUCGAGAGGUAACGCAUUUAAGGGAGAUAUUUUAUGGCACUUUGAUUUUUUAACAAAGUAGUAUGAUUAGUAUUGACCGCCAUGUUGGAGGGCAUACUCUUGCCCUCCAACAUGGCGGCCAAAACUAGUUUUUGCUUAUAUCUUGUUAAAAGUUUGAUAGUUACGCUCAGAUGUGCUGUAAAUCUUACCACAUCAUCUUUCCUUGAAGUUUAAGUGCAAAAUUUGUGUUCAGAAAGAGGUAAUUCAUAAUUUUAAAAAUCACAUUUUGGUCACGUGACCAACUUCGAACUUACUCAUUUUAAGAAAAUGUUGCGGGUUUGAAAAACAAAAUCAUUGUUAUUUUGUUUAAGAUAUGACCCACUAAUUGUUUUUCGAAGGCAAAAUCAUAUAACUUUGAUUUUCAUAAAAACGAUGUCACAUGACCUCUUAGUGCAAAUGGCCUAUUGUACUUUGGAAAAGCGACUCUCGACUCAGGAAAAUUGGAUCUAGGUCUAGUUUCAGCGGGCUCUAAUGGCAUUGAACCAUAGGCCGAUUUUUGCAGAUAAGAAAGUGAUAAUUUGUGUAGUACGUUUCAUUCAGUUUGUUGUCUAUUCAAUGCGGAAUCCUGUUGUUUGUCGAACCGCGAAAAAAAGAUUGUUUUGCUAACUAUUUAAGUUGUUAUGUAAGCCUUAACCAGGCACUCUGUCGCUGCAGUUCACUCAACUUAAAAAUUUCUAGACUGAAAUGACACCGGUUUGAAACUUCGCGAAGUCAGUUUACUGAAUAAAUGUUCUAAAAGGGGUGACGAAUGGUCUUUGCGAGCAUUCGCGAGCAUGCCGAGCACUGCGAUUUUUUUUCGAGCACGAGCAGAGAAAAAAUUUGCUUUGCGAGCAGCGAGCAGUUUAGAGAGUGCAACUCGCGAGUAGCGAGCACUUCUUAUAUUUUCCGCUUGCAGCAAUCCAUAUGGAAAUCCUUUUCUUUACAGUAAAACAGGAAAUAUUUUAAAACGGGGUUUUAAUUUAGAGCGCAGCAAGUUCUUUGAAGCUAGUUUGAGUGACACCUUAUCGAGAUGAUAUCACAUUUCCGCUUCACUUCAUCACUAGCCUGUGCCAGGCUCCGAGAUAGUCGGGCCCGCGGAAUUGAGAAAGCGCGAAAAAUAAAAAAAAAACGGGAGGAAACUGGGGAGAGGGGGAGGCGGCGAAAUACUCGCGCGAGAAAUUUGAGAAAGAUUCCAACUUAUUGACACAUCAACAGCUUGACAGCCGAAAUCUAAUUAUCUCAAAGGCGCCAAAAAUGGGCGGAAGAGGGUCGUAAAAGAAAUGAUUGCAGGCUCUCUCUCCCUUCCUUUUCCUUUUUUUCCCGCCCUGCCCCCAUUUUCGCCUGCCCUACACUUUCGCGUCUUCCCCACUAUCUGAGAGCCUGGAACAGGGUACUUCAUCACGCACGUGUUCGUACGGAUCAGAAAGCAAAGGUCACAAGAAGAACAACCGUCUAUAACAAACGUAUAUAUCCAUAUAUAGCUGGAUUAGCUGAUUUAUUAUUUAUCGUUGUCAUUUAUCGCGUGCAUUUCCACUGAACUUGAUCGCCAUAUUUAUAGGAAUCAAGCACCAUACAGAAUUACAUUUACUUUAACCCAAAGAAGGAUUUACGAGCAAUACUGACAAGAAGGCGAGGUUGCCAGCAACUGCAAACACUUUGGGAGCACGAGCAAGCGAGCACUCGUUUAAAUUUUGCCAGCAAAUCGAGCAAACGUAAAAUUUUGCGAGCAGUUAAAAAUUUUAAUGGACCAUUCACCACCCCUUCUAAAAUUUGCGUCAUUUUAAAUUUGGAGUCGUUGGAAUGCUUCUAGGGACCAUUAACUUACUGCCCGGCGUCAGAUAAAGGCUUUUAAUCGGCCUUUCAAUGAGUUUUAUUGUUUUAAAUUGCCAAGUAGUAGAAUGAGUUGAUAUUUUUGCUAACCCGGUUUCCAAAAAUCAAGGUGUAUAUAUACAAGGGCAAAAAUUUAUCUCAAGAAAUGACUGUAAAGACGCUUAAAAAUAGUUUGUCAGUUGAACAGUUGAACCUUGUGCUCGUAUACUUUUUGACCGUGAUCAGGGCAAAAAGCAUUUUUCCUCCUUUAUGGAUUUUUUGAAGCUAUAAAGUUCACUUUCCCAACAGGUCGUAUUUUUAUCAGGGAGAUCUUAUUCUUUUUGAGGCGAAUGAUUCUUUUUCCGCUGAAAUUAUAUUGAUGCCCCAUGGAUCACCGUUUCGGUUAUGAAUAAACUGCAGGUUAUAGCUGGCUAUUCUCCCUUAUGGGAGGCUUUCAGACAUUUAUAGGCCACAAGUAGCCUCUCUCAGGCGUUCAGCAAGUGUGGAGAACGGAGGAAAGAAAACGGCAAGGAAUUAAGAAUGUAUUUAGGGGGUCCCUCUCCCUUUCUUUCGCUUUGUUUUUUCAUAUGCCUAGUCUUAUCAUUUCACGCCACAACCCACUAUCUGAACGCCUAGAACGUGGUAGCCAAAAGUGACUUACAUUUGUUUUCUUGAAAAAAAAGGCCCUUUGUUUACAGCAAAUUUAGCAAAAAAUCGCGCUGAUGUCACCCAUUGAUAUUUUGUUCCAACCAGCCGAAAAGAAUUCUUUUGGAGGAUAAAUGGAAUCAGCCAAACUCGAAUAUGAUUUUUAAAAAAGAGUCAUCUGGUUUGGUUGGUCAAGUUUACAGAGUUUUGCAGUAAGUCCAUUUACUAAGGGUUUCAUACCUUCUAGUAAGCUCACACCUUUAGCAGAACACAGUUCCGGGCUUGUUUUUGAUUAUACACUGUACUUUUUAUCAAGGCAAGUUUUGACUCUUGGUCUUUGCUUUUGGCAUGCGAGGCUUAUUUUUGAACUUAGUACAAGUUGUUGACAUAUAAAAAAUUGUCUUUUGUUGGUUACUGUAAUCGUAUUUCACUUAAAAUGAAGGUUUUGAAAUAUGUACACGUCCACACUUUACUAAAAGGAGAUGAGUAGUUUUAGUAUUGUUUUGUAUUUUGUUGCAGGAUCAUAAAGGGAACCCCAAACCUGAACAUGAAUGGCCAUCAGAGGUCCACUGGAAAUGGCGUUUCCCUCUUCUCUUUCCUGAUUCAUCACCUGAAUCAGCGCAUGAACGGGAGCAGGUUAGACAUCACUGAAUUUUUUUGAGAGAGUUUAUUGAUUUAUUUUGUAAGACUUUGAGUGUUUGCGUGAACUGAGGUCAAUUUUUCUCCCCGUCAGAGGUAAUUAAACACGCAAAGGAACCUUCGUUUAUAAGCCUCCAUUACGGAGGAUGCCGAAUUGGUGAUAAUGGUGAUAGCUAGUUACAGUAAAAAACCCGCGUGUAAGAAACUAGUGGUUUAAGCAACUGAUGACAGAAAUUUGCUUCUUUAAUACCCAACAAUAUAAGAACCUGUUUGGCCAAACAAGAUCAAGCAGGUUCUUCUUAUGUGUGGGUUACAGUUAAAUUAUUAAUAAACUUAUUCAUUAUAUGAAAAAGAGAUGGAACAGAAACUGAGUCAUCAGCUUCGUUUGUUUAAGUUUAUUUACUUAAUUCAGUUUUAUUUUUCUGUCCGUCAGUGAUAAUCAUUAAUAAGCCUUUCAUUAAUUACUGGAGAUUUCCGAGUUGAUGGUAGUUAAUCACGACAGUUACGUUAAAACGUUUGGAAAUGGGAACCCGUGCAUUAAGAAUCGUCUUAUUUAAUUGUUGCAGCCUUUCUAAGAAGCCUCUUGCUUGUACCUGGAUGGCUUGAUCUCAUUUCUGAUUCAUCAUCUGAAUCAGAGAUGGAACAGAAAGAGGUUAUUCAUCGACUUCUUAUUUCAAGCUUACUUUAUCUUUCUUCUGUUUCUUCUAAGUUUUUAUUCCCUUGAACUAAAUUGAUGUUGGGUUCUGUUAAAAUUAAUUGCAGAUAAAAAUUGGCUACUGUUCUCUCGCAGGUCGCACUCAGUUGAUUUUAGGCCAAAAGUAGAAUGUUUCCCCACUAUCUGAACGCUUGGAACAGGCUAUCCAAAAGCGAAUUUUGCCUUGGAAAAAACAGAUUGCCUUUUUUUAAGCUCAGUGUUUAGGGAAGAUGUCACUGACAAUUUGUGCCAAGUAGACCUUUUGACUUUUGAAAAAAGAGUUUUGUUUAACAGUUGGUAGGUCAACAAAGAAAUUAGAAACUGACACCUUAUCUGUGAUUUAAAAAAGGAGUUCGUUAUUUUCUCGUGUAAAAUUAUGAUGAAGUGAUCGACAACUCUCCAUCUGGUUCGGAUGGUUACAGUGUUUUGCAACUACUCCAGUCACUAAUAUAAGGGUUUUGCACCUUGUAAUUAUCUCACCCCUUUACCAGAACUCAGUUCCCGGCUAAAUUUGCCCAUCAUACACAAGUUUUAAUUUGAUAAUCUGCUUAGUCGGUACGAGCGGCCUGUUUUGAAUUUAGUACAUCUUGGCAAAGUUUUUGUCAACCCGGCACCCCAGUUUUCGUUGCUCACUUAAAAUAUCCUUUGUUUAUGUUCUGUAAUCCCAUUGUACCUAAAUUAAGGUGACUUGACCUAGUUUUUUUUUUUUUUUUUUUUUUUUUUUUUUUUACCAUCCUACUUUCGAGCUAUCUGGCAUCCCCACCUUUACUUUUAUAUUAAGUCAAACACAUAGAAUGAAUAACAUAUAGAUCAAUCUACAAUAUAACACAAAAUUUUUGGCGAUCGGAGUAAAUGUCACGUGGUUAUAAUGCCACGCCCCUUUGAGGGCUGAGUCGAAAAUCUGCUGUUACCGGCAUUAUUUCGUGAAAAUCUCUCGGCUACACAUACUGCGCAUUAGUGCCUUGCGCUGAACAGAGUUUCACCAAAAUCGCAAAGACCCAAUUCGAGAAAUUCAGCAGUUUCCAAAUUUAGGUCAUAAUUUAUGCAAAAAUGAUAAGCAAACUUUACACGGAUUAUAUCUAAUAAACUAUGAGAUUUAUCUGUUUAUUUUGGGCAUCGUUAUAACAGAUGGGUCCUUAUAAGUCAGCAAAACGCUUUAGGGCCUUGUAAAUGCGCGCGAUUUCGAGCAAAGCAAACAUAUAGAAAUUAUAGUUUUCGCUAUUUGUUGACGUUUGUCAGCGUUUAAGAGUCUUUCUCACGAAAAAAGCAUUUUCUUAAAAAUUCGUAGUUUUUUUUCCUUCAAAUUUUUUCAGGACCACAAUUGAUUACCCGGACUCUGAAUUUCAUGGUCAUUGAAAAACUGUGACAUUAUCUUCUAUAAGCCCAAACUUGAGUAAACAUUGAAGAUUUUUAGCGUUUUGGCUGAGUUUGUGCUUUGGGAGUUGUCUAUUGUUUCUAGUCUGUCAUUAUACAGCAUUCUUGUUCAGCACGCCUCCAAUGACCACGCUUGGGUGACUUCCGAAUGCUCACCGAGAUAUGAUAAUUUAGUAUAAGAAAACAGAAGGGAUUCCCGUCACGAGUUGGUUUAAUUAUUGGCUUUCAUUAAACCUAUGAAAAAAUGAUAUUUUUUUUUAAUAGUAAGUAGAUUUAGUGUGUAGCACUUCUUGAUUUUUUUGCAAAGGCACAAGAAGCACGAGAAUUGAUUAAAAAUUGUGAGUUAAACCUCUAUGUAUCACACGAUGGCCUGUCUCACUGUACCAAAAUUAUCAUAUCCCGGUGAGCAUUCGGAAGUCAGCCAAGCGCGGUCAUUGCACGCGUGCUGAACAAGAAUGCUGUAUCAUGACAGACUAGAAACAAUAGACAACUCCCAAAGCACAAACUCAGCCAAAACGCUAAAAAUCUUCAAUGUUUACUCAAGUUUAGGCUCAUAGAAGAUAAUGUCACAGUUUUUCAAUGACCAUGAAAUUCAGAGUCCGGGUAGUUAGUUAAUCAAUUGUGGCCCUGAAAAAAUUUGAAGGAAAAAAAACUACGAAUUUUUAAGAAAAUGCUUUUUUCGUGAGAAGGACUCUUAAACGCUGACAAACGUCAACAAAUAGCGAAAACUAUAAUUUCUAUAUGUUUGCUUUGCUUGAAAUCGCGCGCAUUUACAAGGCCCUAAAGCGUUUUGCUGACUUGUAAGGACCCAUCUGUUAUAACGAUACCCAAAAUAAAGAGAUGAAUCUCAUAGUUUAUUAGAUAUAAUCCGUGUAAAGUUUUCUUAUCAUUUUCGCAUAAAUUAUGACCUAAAUUUGGAAACCGCUGAAUUUCUUGAAUUGGGUCUUUGCGAUUUUGGUGAAACUCUGUUCAGCGCAAGGCACUAAUGCGCACUAUGCGUAGCCGAGAGAUUUUCACGAAAAAAUGCCGGUAACAGCAGAUUUUCGACUCAGACCUCAAAGGGGCGUGGCAUUAUAACCACGUGACAUUUACUCCGAUCGCCAAAAAUUUUAUGUUAUAUUGUAGAUUGAUCUAUAUGUUAUCCAUUCUAUGUGUUAGACUUACGAUAAAAGUAAAGGUGGGGAUACCAGAGAGCUUGAAAGUAGGAUGGUACCCCCCCAAAAAAACUGGGUCGAGUCACCUUAAGGCUUUGAAAUGUGUACACGUCCAAAUUUACCUCAAGGAGGUGGAUGAUUUCAAGUAUUGUUUUGUAUUUUGUUGAGGGAUUUUGUUUAACUUUGUUUAAAUUUAUUUACUGUAAUUUAUUGUAUUUCAUCUUAAACGAAAAUAUUGUAAAGAUUUUUAGUGUUUCAGUCCGCCGGAGAUGAUCAAACACACUCGGAAGCUUUUGUUUAUAAUAAGGCCUCUACAUUACAAGUCUUACAAUGAUUUCCAACACUGAACACUGAAUUCAUUCAACUAAAAUCCUGAAAUACUGCAACGAAAUUCUUCCAUAUAAUAUGUUUCCCUCCGACGUAGCUGAGUGCAUCUUUAAACUUAAGGCUGGAAAUAGUUAAGCUUCAAGGCCUUUUUAACGGAGUAUUCCUUAUUUGCGUGUAGUUAACUACGUUGUGUGUGAUUGUGAUUGUGUUUUUAUUUUGUAGACCCAUAAAAGGCCAUCAGAGUCUCGAAGAAGAAAGAAAUGUUCCUGCUGUAUUAUCAUGUAAAUUACUGUGCCAGUUAAACAGCA